AUGGCCAUGCCGCCUCUCCUCUCCUUCUUUCUCUUCCUCACGCCUGUGGCAGUGAGACCCCAGGAGCCACGGCUGGUGCAGGUUACAGAGGGAGAUGAAGCUGUGCUACAGUGCCUCAGAGACCCCCUAGAGGGUCCCCCUGAGAACCUGUCCUGGUCUCGAGAGGACACACCCUUCCUACAGCUGAACCGAGGGUUACUGAACGUGGGGGUGCAGAAGGGGCCCCAGGGCAUCUGGGUGUUCAUCACCAAUGUCUCGGAGGAGAUGGGGGGCUUCCACCUGUGCUCCAGGGACGACCCUUCCCAAGAGGCUUGGCAAUUUGGCUGGACAGUCAGCGUGGAGGGCAGCGGCGAGCUGUUCCGGUGGAAUACUUCAGACCUGUAUGACCCAGGAUGCGACCUGGGGAACAGAUCCUCCUCUGGCCACGCCCCAAGCUCCCAGCUGUAUGUGUGGGAUGGAGAUCUCGGUAUGCCUCUGGAGGCAGAGUCCAAGUGUCCUCCACCAAGACGCAGUUCAAACCAGAGCCAAGAUCUCACUGUGGCUCCCGGCUCCACCCUCUGGCUGAAGUGUGUGGUGCCCCCAGACUCUGAGACCCCCAUCUUCUGGACCCAUGUGCACCCCAAGAGGUCUAAUCUCUCGUUGCUGAAUCUGAUGGUCAGGAAGGACGGUGCAGACAUGGAGAAGUGGGUCCUGGUCACCGUCCGGGGAGGAGCUGUCCUCUCCCUGCCCCAGGCCAGAGCUCAGCACGCAGGCACAUACCACUGCAGCUUUGGCAACAAGAUCAUCAGCAUGCAGCUGAAUGUCACAGCCCAGUCAGCAGUAUGGUAUUGGCUGCUGAGGAUGGGAGGCUGGAAAGUUCCUGCGGUGACUCUGAUUUAUUUGAUCUUCUGCCUCGGCUCCCUGGUGGGUUUUCUUCAUCUUCGCAGAGCUCUGACCCUGAGGAGGAAAAGAAAGAGAAUGACAGACCCCACCAGAAGGUUCUUCAAAGUGACGCCUCCCGCGGCAAAUGGGCCUCAGAACCAGUACGGGAACGUGCUGUCCCUUUCCACAUCUUCAGGCACAGGGCGCACCCGGCGGUGGGAUGCUGGCCUGGGGGCCGCCGUCCCGGUCCACGGAACCCCGUACAAUGACGUCCCGCAGGCUAGAGGCCGUGAUGAGGACGGGGAGGCCUACGAGGAGCCAGACAGCGAGGAGGAGGGCUCCGAGUUCUACGAGAACGACUCGAACCUUGAACCAGACCAGCUGUCCCGGGAUGGCAGCGGAUACGAGCACCCGGAGGACCAACCCUUGGAUCCUGAGUAUGAAGACUCCUUCUCCAACGCAGCUGAGUCUUAUGAGAACGAGGAGGAAGCGCUGAGCCAGCCGGUGGCCAGGAAAAUGGACUUCCUGAGCCCCCAUGGGCCAGGCUGGGACCCCAGCGGCGAGGCAACCUCCCUUGGGUCCCGGUCCUAUGAGGAUAUGAGAGGGAUCCUGUACGCAGCCCCCCAGCUCCGCUCCGUGCGGGGCCAGCCUGGUCCCAGUCAUGAGGAAGAUGCUGACUCUUAUGAGAACAUGAGUAACCCCGACGGGCCGGAACCAGCCUGGGCAGGGGGCGCCCACACAGGUACCUGGAGCACUAGGUGAUCCCUUCAGCAGCUUGAAGGUUCACCACACGGCUGAGGAGACGAGCUCGGAGGAGUCUUCCCUUCCUCACGGAGCCUUGCCG